AUGCCGUCGGAAACAGCCGAGGAGUCACACGGGGAGAGUAGGCUAACCACGAAGGAGAUCCCUCCUCCGCCUGCUCUUCCGCUCCGCCCAACUCUUCUUGAGGAGGGGGAGUCCGCUCUGCGGGACAAGCAGUCCCGGCUGGUCAACCGGACCUGGGAGAACGGCCGAUGCUGGAGGGACGACGCUUACAAGGCCCUGACAAUCUGCCGUCAGGUCGAGUUCUCGAAUCGUCCUGCCGAGUUCAGCGCUCCUCAGCCGAUCGUGGACUGGCUAGCUGCCGAGGCGGGCUUCCGCCCCAAGCUGGGCCAGAACGUCGCCCCCAUGGCCGCUGAUCUGCUGGAUCAGGUUGGGAGCACAAUGUCCAACCUCCAGCUGAAGAGGUAUGCCACAAUAGCCAAUCCAGACGUGCUGUUUAUCUCUCAGGCUCUCCGCCACCAGGCCACCGCGGGAAUUAGCCCUGAGGCAUACAUGUUACAGCAUAAGCAUAAAACUGGGACGAUUUCUAGGACUACUGGUAGUAUUUACGGAGGUGUUCCGCGUUCCAGGCUCAUGGAACCUCGGAGCCAUCGAGCCGCUUCAAGCGGCAUUUUCAAUGAAGGAGACGAAUGGUGCACAAGUGAUAGUGAGAUCAGCGAGAUCACAAUGAAGUUCUACAAUUCUCUCUUCACUUCUUCGUCCCCUUCAGAAGAAAAAAUUGAAGAACUAUUACAAGGAGUUCAUACUUCUGUUUCAGAUGAGAUGAACAUGAGUUUAGAAGCCCCAUUUUCCUUGGAGGAAAUAAAAGAUGCAGUCUUCUCUAUGCCUGCAGAUAAAAGCCCAGGUCCAGAUGUCCGAUAUUCGUUUCAAAUUAAUGGAGUAAUCUAUGGAGAAGUAAUUCCAUCAAGAGGGUUGAGACAGGGGGACCCUUUAUCACCUUAUCUUUUCUUGGUCUGUGCAGAAGGUUUUUCUUCUUUACUUCAACAAGCGGAAAGUAGAAAGGAAAUAAAGGGACUACGAUUAGCUAAUACAGCUCCUUUCAUUACCCACUUAUUCUUUGCGGAUGACAGCCUCAUUAUCGUCCAGGCAUCUGAGAGAUCUCUACAAGCUAUACAAAACAUUUUUUCUCUAUACUCGACAUGUUCUGGACAGAUGAUCAACUUUACAAAGUCUUUAUUAUAUUUUUCUCCAAAUACUUCGGAAGAGAUUGCCACAUUGUAUACAUCCUUUCUAAAUAUCCAAAGAACUGAUUCUAUAGAAACAUAUCUGGGUCUACCGAUGUUGGGAGUUGUUAUCCAAGCUAUGCCAACUUAUCUAAUGUCAUGCUUCCGUAUACCAGAAGGUUUGUGCCAAGAAAUUGAAAGAAUACAAGCCCGAUAUUGGUGGGGCUCUACUACUGAACAAAGGAAAGUUCAUUGGCACGCUUGGCAUAAAAUGUGUAGACCAAAAUGUAAGGGAGGAUUGGGAUUCCGUGGUUUUAUUCAGUAUAAUCAGGCACUUCUGGCAAAACAGGCUUGGGGAUUACUAAUAAACCCUACAUCCCUUCUUGCAAAAGUACUCAAGGCAAGAUACUAUCAACAUACAAGUUUAUUGGAGGCUAGAGAAGGUCAUUAUCCUUCAAUAACGUGGAGAAGUAUCAUCUGGGGUAGGGACCUUUUACGAAGAGGAUUGCGACGACGUAUAGGAAAUGGAAAAGAAACUUUGGCCUUUAGUGAUCCAUGGAUCCCAAGACCUCCAUCUUUUCUCCCAAGUAUAAUUGAUAUAUCUGAUCCCCUUAGAGUACAUGAUCUCUUUGAAACUCCUGAUUCGUGGCUCUGGCACUAUACAAAUCAUGGGAACUAUUCUGUCAAAAGUGGGUAUAAUCUAGCCUCAGCUAUGGACACUGCACUGCCGUCUUCAUCUGUUACAUUAAUAGCAAUAUGGUGGAAGUCCUUUGGGGGAAUCAAAAUACCACGUAAAAUUCUACAUUUUGCUUGGAGAGGUUACCAUGAAAUAUUUCCCACUCUUAAAGGUUUAAAUCGACGAAAUAUCUCUAAACACAAUGUUUGCCCACUAUGUGGUUUUGGAGAGGAUUCUAAUGCACAUGCUGUCUUUUGGUGUCCUUCCUCUAAAGAAAUAUGGGAUCGGUGGGAUUAUCCUUUCAUGUCAGAUAGGAAAGAGGACAUUUCCUUUAAGGAGAUACUACUCUAUGCCUCUGAAAUUUUGGAAAAAGAAAACUUUCAAAAAAUGCUCAUCAUAGCUUGGGCAAUUUGGUUUGAGAGGAAUAAAAGAACCCAUGGACAUCCAGCAAGACAAGGACAACAAGUGUUUGAAUGGACAGAAACGAUAGGAUUUGGAGCAAUCAUCCUCUCCCCAGAGAAGGAAGUUAUUGCAGCUUUAUCUAAGCCCUUAAAAGGAAUGUUGUCAGCCUUUCAAGCAGAAGCUAUAGCACUGUUGGUCGCACUCAAUUGGGCUCAAAGGCUUGGAAUUCAGCUAGAUGUUAUCUUUUCUGAUUCCCUUUCUCUUGUUUUGGCUUAA